CUGAUAAUGACAGAAUGAUCAAAUGUUGCACUCAAAUGGAAAUUUGAUCAUGUUUUAUAAUUAUCAUUUAAAUCUGGCUAAUUUUCAAAUUGUUUGUCAUAAAUAUAUCAGAAAAAUGUUACGGGUUUAAAUUAUGACUUUUUGUUACAAAACAGGGCAUCGUUUUCUUACAGGUCUUCUGUAGAGGACACCAGGACAUAUAAAUGGUCUGAUGAAAAAUUUAAUGUUAUUGUUCACGAUGAGUUCACCUCGCUAUACACCUGUGAAACGGAAAGAUGUUGCAGGUGUAACCAACAUUAACAGAAGCUCCGUGGCGCCCUCCAGCGGUGACUCAGCGUGCGUCUCUCGCGCAGGGGAAAGCAAGUGCACUGCAGCUGAACGGUGCAUUCGGUGAGAGGUCGGUAAAGCAGUCGUGUCAGCUCGUCGGCAAACCUCUCCCUCGCUUUAAUCUGGACCCAGUUUUAAUUUUGUCCUAAAAAAUCCGCAAAUCGAAGGCACAGCAGAAUAAUCGUGGUGCUGGACACACAGCUCGGAUAUUGCCGCGAACGCUGAAGGCUGAGAAAUGGCAACGACAACUUGCACGCGCUUCACCGACGAGUUCCAGCUGUAUGAAGAACUUGGAAAGGGGGCCUUCUCCAUCGUGAGACGUUGUGUCAAGCUGUGCACGGGCCAAGAGUAUGCUGCCAAAAUCAUCAACACCAAAAAGCUCUCGGCAAGAGAUCACCAGAAGCUGGAACGAGAAGCCCGUAUCUGCCGUCUGCUCAAACAUCCCAAUAUCGUGCGGCUCCAUGACAGUAUAUCAGAGGAAGGCUUCCAUUACCUCUUAUUUGACCUUGUGACGGGUGGAGAGCUGUUUGAAGACAUCGUAGCCAGAGAAUAUUACAGUGAAGCUGAUGCCAGUCACUGCAUCCAGCAGAUCCUGGAGGCGGUGCUUCAUUGCCAUCAAAUGGGCGUGGUGCACCGAGAUCUCAAGCCGGAGAACCUGCUCUUGGCCAGUAAAUGCAAGAACGCCGCCGUCAAGUUGGCCGACUUUGGCCUGGCCAUUGAAGUGCAGGGAGAACAGCAGGCCUGGUUUGGGUUCGCUGGGACGCCAGGUUACCUCUCCCCAGAAGUGCUACGAAAGGAGGCUUAUGGGAAACCUGUGGACAUUUGGGCCUGUGGAGUCAUCCUGUAUAUUCUGCUGGUGGGAUAUCCUCCGUUUUGGGAUGAAGACCAGCACAAACUCUACCAGCAGAUCAAAGCCGGGGCUUAUGACUUCCCUUCGCCAGAGUGGGACACGGUCACCCCUGAGGCCAAAAACCUGAUGAAUCAGAUGCUGACCAUCAAUCCAGCCAAGAGAAUCACUGCCCAGGAGGCUCUGAAACACCCGUGGGUCUGCCAACGCUCCACUGUGGCGUCCAUGAUGCACAGACAGGAAACAGUCGAGUGCCUGAAGAAGUUCAACGCGAGAAGGAAACUCAAGGGUGCGAUAUUGACCACCAUGCUGGUGUCGCGCAAUUUUUCUGUGGGCAGGCAGACCACGGCACCCGCCAGCGUCUCUGCAGCCGGUACCACCACCAGUCUGGUGGAACAAGCAGCCAAGAGCCUGCUCAACAGGAAGGCCGAUGUCAAGGAGCCUCAGACCACUGUAAUCCAUAACCCAGUGGAUGGGAUCAAGGAAUCUUCAGACAGCAGCAACACCACCAUUGAAGAUGAAGAUGUCAAAGGGAAAAGCCUAAAUAGCAGUUCAGUUAAAGCCCCCUCUGAAGUCAGCCAAUCACCUCCGGGCUCCGUCCCUGCCAUCUUCUCCACCAAGCUGACUGACAUCCUGGGCUGCGCCCGUAGGGUUCGGGACCCCCGGCAUUGCCUGAUAGUGAAGCAGAAGCCCACUCAGCACAAUCCCCUCCACAGACCCCCAUCAUGCAGAGUGAGUAUAGCGCCCCCUGCAGACCUAAGCACAGACCCUCAUGCACUGGGGCUGUGAAUGUUUUUGGCUAGCACAUUCUGUAAUGUUA